UUCCCUAAGUCAUCUGUCAAUUACUUCCAAGCCUAUGUGCAUUAGGAGCCUGGGGUGUGGGAAGCAGGCAAGGUUUGUUCCCUACAAGCCACACCCUAACUACAAACAGACAAAACCAAAAGUACGUUUGGACAUGGAGUGCUCUUAGAGGCUAUGGUGACAUGCCACGAAACUCACAGGGAGGCUUCCGAUGCUAAGGCGAUCCAGCACCAGCAGGUGACAAGAGCACACAGGAAACAGAUCAAGCUCCUUCUGACCUCAGUUCACAUGGUUCUCCAGGCCUUCUAAAACUCCAAAAGCCACUUCAAGUCCUGUUAACAAGUCUCUUUUUGCUUGAUCAGCCUGAGUUCCUGCUACUUACAAAGAACUGCCUGACUAGUAGAGGCUGGGGGAGAAGGGGUGCUAUGUGUGACUCAGACCUAAAACAAACACCAAGAGACAUACCCACUUUGCUUGUCAACACUAAGAAAUCUUUGAAUUCAAGCCAGGCGCACAGGCUUAACAGCAGCUGUGUAGUUCUUCACCACACCGGAUGCACUGGUCACUCCCUGGUUUUUUCUCCUAGGCCUACAGGAAGCACGGCCUCUUGCUGCUGCUCCUGUCUAGUAGUGUCUGGCCCUGAGAGGCACUCCACAGUGGAGCAUAUCAAUAAGAACACUCUAGAAUGGCACUGCUUGAGGAGCACAUGACUUCCUGCAACCUCCCCAGAGAGUACCAAAUGCCCAUGACAGUUUCUAAUAUACACACAUGCUAGACUGAAAUCUCAACUUUAAAUGGUGAAACUUAUUACAAACCAUGCUUACACAAUUUCUAUAAGUUCCUGCUUGUGCUUCCUUAAUAUGAGUUCCUCUCUUUACUUCUUCCUUUCUGACAAGAGAAAAGUGGAAAAGAAGGCACAUGCACCAGAGAUGGGCCCUGUGAGCACAAGCGGGAGUGGCCUCCGGCUAGAAAUCAGCCUGAUCCUUUUCCAUGUCGGUGUGCUGGGUGCCUGUACUGUGUCUGUGCUACAACCAGGUUACCUAGAGGUGGACUACAAUUCUGAGGCUGUCACCAUGGAGUGUACCUUUUCUGCAAUUGGAUGCGCUCCAGUGCAACCAAAAAGUUUGUGGUUUCGCUGUGGCACUCACCAGCCUGAAGCUCUGUGCUUGGAUGGAUGCAGAAAUGAGGCAGACAAGUUCACAGUGAAAGAAACCCUGGACCAGAACCGAAUCUCCCUCACUGUUAAUAGGCUGUCUCCAAAUGACAGUGCAAUUUACAUCUGUGGAAUAGCAUUUCCCAAUGAAAAGGAACCAAGAGCUAAACAGACUGGAAACGGGACUACUUUGGUUGUAAGAGAAAGACUUUUCAGCAAGGAGGUGCACAGUCUCCUGAUAGUGCUCUUGGCACUGCUCUCUGUCUACAUCAUCGGUGUGUGUGUGAUCUACAUAGUCUUCCUCAAAUCAAAAUCUAACAGUCGAAGAAGCAGAGAAACCAAGGAAGACUCAAAAAAGAAGAGUGCUCGGCGUAUCUUUCAGGAAAUUGCUCAAGAAUUAUACCAUAAGAGAUAUGUGGAAACAAAUCAUCAACCUGAGCAAGACGGCACUUACGAAAACAGAAAAGCACUCCCCAGCCCUGGAAGACCAUAGAUGUGCUUACUUUUUACUGAAACCACUGACAGUGCAACUCCAGAAUCUAUGGCAGUAUGAAUGGACAUACAGCAAUCAAGACAACAUCAAAGAGAGCUGGGGUGUAGCUCAGUUGGCAGAGUGCUUGCCUAGGGGACACAAAGUCCUAGCUUUGAUCCCCAGCACCACAUAAACUCAGCAAAGUUACAGGCAGUAUAGUCAGAAGUUCAAGGUCAUCCCUGAGUAUAGGAUGAACCUGAGGUCAGUAAUACAAUAUCUUGUCUCAAAAACAACCACCACCACCAAAAGAAAAGGACAACACAAGUGGAAAAACAGCCAACCACACCAGAAGGCAGAGCAGAAGUAGCUGUCACUAACUAUAACUACAGAAUAUGAAAAUCUCAAGAAAACUCAACUGGACACCUUUUUUCCAAUUUUCCAGGAACAGUCUAAAAAGCCUCAUUUUAAAGAAAAACUUCAUCUUAACAGUUUUUAAAAACUGUUAUCAUGUGUAUCUUGUCAGUCCACCCAACAUACUAGAUAUGUGAUGGCUGUUAACUGGGAGAAGGCUUCAAGUUAAACCACAGAUCAGUUCUGAGGGGGAAUAAAUACCUUCCUGAGCUGUAGAAAUGAUCAAACUAAUUAGAAUCAAGUGAGAAGGACAAAAGGAGGAGGAGAAGAGCAACUUCUGAGUAAGAGAAACUCAUUGUAAACAGUAUCUUGGAACAAAAGUGAUUUCUUCUGAUACUGUAAUGGAGCAGUGGGCAGUAAACAUUCUCCAGCUGAGCUACACAAAACAACUUAGGUUGUACCACCAACAAAACAAUACUAAAGAGACUAGAGGAAGACUAUAAACAGAGCAAACCCAAAGCCUAUCAGAAAAUGCCUCAGGAAUGCAGACAACUGACUCUAGAUGUCAGU